CCUCCUCGUCCACCUACUCCUCCUUCCCCCUCCUCCCUCACCCCCCACCUUCUCGCUCCCUCGUGGCAUGUCGUCGGACUGCCCGGUCUGCGACGGCUCCGGCUGGCUCAUCCAGAACGUGAGCACAUGCCCGCUGUGCGAGGACGGCGAGGACGAGCACGGGGAGAAGGGGGAGCGGCAGGGGCAGGAGGAGCGCGGGGGCGCGGACGGCAAGGAGUCACAGGGUGGCGUCCGCUGCGGCGCGGGGGGCGCCGCGCGGCCGCGGGGCAACAAGAAGAAGACGCGGGACGGCGCCGGCGCCGGCGCGGGGAGCGCCGCGAAGGCGCGGGGCGGCCAGGAGGCGGCGCGGGGCGGCGGCGGCGGCGCGGGGGACCGCGAGCAGCCGGGGCGCAGGGCGUGGGAGCUGCUGCUCGACGGCACGGGCUGGACGCGGGUGCAGCCGGAGAUAGAGGCCCUGCUCGACGAGGCAGAGGACGCCGGCCAGCCCACGGCUGUGUUCAGGCGAGGGGUGCACACGUACGCGGUGGACCUGGCCCAGAUGGUCCAGGUCAACCGCCAGACGGGCACGCGGCGCAGUCUGCGGCGCGUGGACCGUCAGGCUAGCCCCGCGGGCGGCGGCGGCAGCUCGGGCAGUGCCGAGGGCGGCCCCGGGGGCCGGGACCCCAGGGCGCGGGGCAGAGGUGCGGCAGGGGCCGCUGCCGGGGGCAAGGGCCUCAGGGGCAGGGGCUCCAAGGGCGGCCCCUGUGCCAAGGGCUCCAGGGGCGGCCCUCGCCAGAGGGAGGAGGAGGCCAUCGGUGGGCUGCCUGCCCGCUCCGAGCGCCUCUCGCGCCUCGUGGACCGGCUGGUGAGCCCCGAGGUCCGCGUGCCGCUCCCGGCAGACUCCAGCGAGGAGCCCUGCAGGCUCAGCCCUGAGGAGGUCGAGGCGGUGUUCGUGGAGCACGUGCGCGGGGUGAAGGAGUUUGUCUACCGCGGGCAGGGAGGCCAGUACUCGCUGGAGUUCAUCAAGGGCGCCUACAGAGACGGCUUCCGGGCCUUUCAGGGCACCGACAUGCACGAGCACCUCCUCUGGCUGCUGCGGCUCAUCGUUCAUCACGGCCAUGCUGGCGGGCCCGAGACGAAGAGGCACCUCACAGACGUGGCGGAGGCCUUUAUGGACUGCCAAGCCGUGCAGGCGCGCGUGGUGGAGCGUGUGGGUCUGCAGAUCAAGGGGGUCGCUCCGAAUUUCAAAGGCCUCGUCACCGCAAUGGUUGGCGACUACAAGACCGUGGCUAUCAAGAUGCUUGCUGCAGCGAGGCUGCAGAUUGGUCUGGCAUCCGACGACGAUGCGCCAACGCACUACGAGAAUCGCCUGACUGAAGACCUCGGCGACCUCGCUGGGCUUAAUCAAGACGACGUCCGGCGCGCGAGACUGGACGAGCACGCCGCAGCGAGAUUCCCGCGGCUGGCUCCAGGCCCAGACUGCGAGCGCGCGCUCAAGCACCUCAAAGGGCUCUUCGACGUGGACGCCCUGGUCAAGGCCUUCAUCUCCGAGGUCAACUCGUUCAGCCAAGACUCGCCUGCCAGCUCGCUGGCGAGGCUCUUCCUGGACUGGGCCUGCGCACGAUUCACCGAGAAGCACGUCGUCUUCGACGAGGACACGUGCACGUCCGUCGAGGUCGGCGAGCCUCUGGCCCUGGCGGUGAUCGAGGACCUGUUCCUUGGCGAGACUGCGGCUCCUGCAGACGAGGUUUACCGCGGCCUCGGCCUCCGCGCGCUCUUCGCCCCACCCGUGGCGGAGCUGCCGGGCGCCGAGGCGGAGGCGCCAGCGCGCGAGCCGCCGCACGAGGCGCCGGCCGCGGCUGCCAGCCCGCGGCCCGGCGCGCCGCCGG